AUGGUUGACGCCUCCAAUGUUGCAGUGGGCGCGGCUCUAAAACAGCACCUUGCAGAUCACGUCCAACUUUUAGCUUUAUUCUCCAGGGAGUUGUCACCUGCCAAGACGCGCUAUGGCACAUUUGGACGGGAGCUCCUUGCUGUCCUCCUCACCACGAAACACUUCCGGCACUUCAUUGAGUGCAGAGGCUUCACCGUGUUCACGGAUCACAAGACCUUUCCUUCGCUCUCAAGUCCACUUCUGACAAGCUCAACCCGCGGGGAAAUUCGCCAACUGGACUACAUCUGGCAGUUUACCUCAGACAUCCGCCACAUCGACGGGUCACACAAUGAGGUGGCUGACGCACUGUCCAGGUCCUCCACAGCACACCUUCAACUUUCACUCGGGAUCAACAUAGCUGAGAUGGCUGUCGAACAACGCCGUGUUGGUUCUCCAUAUGACGAGGAUGUUUCUGAACUCCAAUUCCAGGACCUGACAACGGCACCAUUCUAUGCGACGUCUCCAACACCUCCCACCGUCCUUUGUGCCGCCAUCCCUCCGCCGCAAAGUCUUCUCCUCCCUACACAACCCAUCACACCAUGGGAGUCGAGCCACUGA